AUGGCUACCGAAGUGUUCGUAACGCACGUUGGGUACAUGAAAGCCAUCGACGAUCUCUUCGGCAAGCACGAGAACCAACAGCUAGUACGGCACCUAUCUUGGCUCUUCGUGAAGAUGUACAUUCCUGCCACCGCUCCCGAGUUUUUUGUCGGCGUUUACGGGAACGCUGAAACGUCCAAGAUAUACCGACCCCUGUUUUGCGGAUACAAUGUCGAACUGCCGUACCGCCUGCUCGUUUCGGUGUUGUGCUACGUCUCUAGUGCGUCCAGCAACCACAGGCUCUUAAUCGACGCGAGCUUCGACAGCCUAGUCCUGGCGGCCACGGAAAAGCUCAUGAACAGCUUUUGGCUGGACGCACGUAGCAAAGUCUUGGCCGUGGAAAAAAUCAAGGGCGUCCAGAAUCGCCUGUGGCCCGAAGACAUUGUGUUCGAACCGGGAUUCCUGGACGGCGUCUACAAGGACUUCCCCGGAAACGAAACGUCGACCUUCGGUUCCUACUGGAUCGCGUCUCGCAAGAGCGUUCGCGAAGCGAAGAAAUCGAAGCACUACCGUAGCUUGUCCACUAAGCCGAUCAGCUCCGCGGAACCGUACCUCACGUACGACGCCAUCCUAAACCGCGUACUCGUAACCAUGGGGGCUGUCGCCAGGCCUAUGUACUACAAAAAUGGCACGAGAGGCAUGCUGUACGGAGGCAUCGGAUUCCUAAUGACGCUGCAGCUCGUCAAGUCACUGGACAGGAACGGUUUGCGAUGGCACCCGAACGGCAGCGCCGUGGACUCUUUCCUCACGGAGGAGUCGCGGAAGGAAUUCGCAGCCCGCGAUUCCUGCCGCGUUCGAGAAGCGAACGCGAGCGUGUUCCCAGAGAUCCCGGCCGUGGAAGUCGCGUACGCGGCCUUGCAACGGGCGCUCCAGCAGGACGGGCGGCGGUUCCGAAUCGCUAAGAACCUUACUGAGGAGAGGGUGUUCUUCGUGACGCUUUGCUUCAUGACCUGUCCGCGAAGGUACACCCCUAGCCCUUACAGGGUGGACUGCAAUAAGGCACUGCAGAAUUUUCCCGAGUUUUCGCGAGCCUUCCAGUGCCCCGAAGGUUCCAAGAUGAACCCAGCUAACAAGUGUAGGUUCUUUGAUUCGGUGCCGCCGUAUCCUUUGACUGAGAAUAGUGCUGGUCGCCUGUCUAUGCGUGACUGGCCAAAUCAAUGA